UUCAAACAAACUGUGGAUUAUCUCCCUUAUACAAGAUGGAGCAUGACACGUAUUUGUUUUUGUUUACCUGCUCCCGAUAAUAAGCAACACUCAUCGCAAGUUGACAAUUUCAAGAAAUCAAAAUUACUUCUGAUGUAGAGGUUGCCACACCAGAGCAAAAUAUCAAAAUGUCUUCAGGAAACUGGCCUUACAUUCUCAACCUAGGAAACAGCAUCAUUGGUGUGGCUGUCCUAGCAAUGCCCUUCUGUUUCAAGCAGUGUGGCAUUAUACUUGGUAUUGUGCUGCUGCUGUUCUGUACAUGGCUGACCCUGGUGUCAUGUCAGCUUCUGAUGAGGGCUGCUGCCGUCAGCAGGAAGAGGUCAUAUGAGUUUCUUGCAUACUACACAUUUGGUGCUGCCGGCAAGUUUGUCAUUGAAGUCGGCUUGAUAGGGCUGCAGAUCGGGACACUCAUUGCCCAGAUUGUGGUCAUCGGGGACCUGGGGCCAGCCAUUAUAUCCAAAGUGCUUGGGAUAGAGAACACACCUAGCCUGCGCACAUACCUAAUUGUGUUCCUGUGUCUGUGUGUGGGGCUGCCUCUUGGACUGCUCAAAGACCUCCGCAGCGUCAGCAACGCCAGCACUAUCUGCAUCUGCUUCUACACUGUCUUUGUCUUCUACGUGCUGACAUUAUCGGGUCCUAACCUGUGGACAGGAAGCUGGUACCAUAAUGUGGCCUUCUGGAGACCAGAGGGUCUGUUUCAGACUCUACCCAUAUUCUCUCUGUCAUUCGGCUGUCAGACUCAGCUGUUUCUCCUGUAUGACGCCCUGCCAGAACCAACACUCAAGUCCAUCAAUGGGGUCACCAGCAGUGCUGUCAACCUCUGUGCAGUGGCCUAUUUAUUGGUCGGUUUCUUUGGCUACAUUGCCUUCUAUGACAAAGACAUCGGUGGUGACAUCAUCACUCUGUUCCCUUCCACGUUUUUCGCGGACAUGAUGAAGCUGCUGUUUGUGGUCUCCAUUGCCGUCACCUUCCCCCUGAUUAUCUUUCCCUGCAGAGCUAGCCUCUACACGCUGCUGUUCCCCCAGCAGAAACAGAAGGCCUAUGAAGAUAUUCAAGAGGAGAACCGCAUGCCAGAGAUCCACUUCAAGUUCAUCACUGUCUCCAUCGUCAUCUGCUCCAUGAUCACCGGCAUCCUUGUGCCCAAUGUUGAGUUUAUCCUGGGGAUGAAUGGUGCCACAAUGGGGACACUUAUCUGCUACAUCUUCCCAGCUCUGUUUUUCGUCCGUGUCAUGGCAAACAAGGCAGAGGGCAAACACAUAGCACAGCUGGUGAUGGUGCUAGGUAUCACAAUCCUGUUGGUCAGCACAUUUGCCACACUGUACACCCAGGACAAGGGCCACACCCACCCUGUCGCGCCUAAGGGGGCCGAGGACCUCGCUGCUAACCUGGAGAACCCUGCACUGAACAAGCCUGUUGAUCUGCCGCCUGGGGAUGCUGAUGUUAAGAAUGAGAAAAGAAUUGAGCCUCCGGUACCUGAUGCUCCCAUAGACAGUGUUGAGAAGAAAGAAGAGAAGCCCAAAGAAAAGAUAGCAGAGGAACUGCCAAAGAAAGAUGGUCUUGGUGAUGCUAAAGUACCUGACAAAGAUGGACAGGUUGAGGGCAAGGGGAAGGAACUUGGCCGGGAGAAGAAGGACCUGAGCCAGGAGGGGAAGGCAGCAGGAGGGAAAGAUGCUGCUGUGGUGGAGAAGGGGGAGCCGGCUGAGAAACACGAGGAGGUCAAGGUCAAGGAGCAGGUGCUGAAGGAAAGAGAGAAGAAGAUCGAGGAGAAUGAGCAGAAGCAACAGGUGUUGCUGGAGCGGCUUGUGGAGCAGCAGGAGGAACAGAAGGAACUCAUCAAGGAACAGAAGCAGAUCCUGCAGGAACUCAAGGAACACAAGGACAAGGAUCACAAGGAUGGUGCAGAUGAGGAAGGUCAGGUUGUCAACGAUCCUGAUCAGGGUGCACAAAAGCCAUUUCCUGAUGCCCAACAAGGCAUACAGGGUGCACAACAACCAGUUCAGGGUGGACAAGACAUACAGCAACCACUUCAGGGUGGACAGCAGGGUGCACAACAACCAGUCCAGGGUGCACAGCAACCAGUUCAGGGCGUACAGCAACCAGUUCAGGGCGUACAGCAACCAGUUCAGGGUGGACAGCAACCAGUUCAGGGUGGACAGCAACCAGUUCAGGGUGGACAGCAACCAGUUCAGGGCAUACAGCAACCAGUUCAGGGUGGACAGCAACCAGUUCAGGGUGGACAGCAGGGUGCACAGCAACCAGUUCAGGGUGGACAGCUUGGUGGACAGCAACCACUUCAGGGUGGACAGCAGGGUGCACAGCAACCAGUUCAGGGUGGACAGCAGGGUGGACAGCAACCAGUUCAGGGUGGACAGCAGGGUGCACAGCAACUAGUUCAGGGUGGACAGCAGGGUGGACAGCAACCAGUUCAGGGUGGACAGCAGGGUGCACAACAACCAGCUUUACAGCCAGUGAAAAACCUCCAACAAAAUGUACAAGGUCAACAGCUUCAGGUACAGCAGCCAGCACAAAACCUUGGCAUAGAUGGCAAGCACGCUGGUCAAGAUCAGGCACAUCUGAAACAGGCUCCAGGGAACAUCCAGUCACAGGCAAAUCAAGGGGCUCAGGCUCAGGCCAAGCAGGUUGCUGGGCAACAGGGAGCUGUGGUCAUGCCUGUCCAAGACCUGAACAAUGUCAUUGAUGCCAAGAAUGUGCCUGUUAACCAGGGUCUAAUGAAUGAUGGUAUCCUCAAGAGAAACAAACGGGAGGUAGAUCCAUCAGUUGACAAGAUUCUCAAAGAAGUGGAAACCCUUCAUGGUCGAAAAUUAGACAAGAGGGAAGUGAUGAAUGAGGCAGUAGCCGACAGACUGGUGGCCAUCAACAAAGUAUCCAAGAGGCGAUAGUGAUGUACCAAACACCCGUCAGCUGAUACUACUUACAGAGAUUUAAUACCAAUGACCUCAACAUGUGAUCAUAUCCAGAGGUCACUGACGGGUACUGUGCUUCUACUGUUCAUGAAAUUAAUCAGUGGCUACUUGUUUGAAAAUCUGAACUAAUUGGAAGCAUUUUAAUCGUGAUCUCAAUUAUUAGAGCUUGAAACAGCGUCAGUCCCAUGAGGUUUAGUAGCGUUAGCUGAGUGCCAGAGUGUUAGUUCAUAAUGCCUUGAAAUAUGAACAAACUUACACAGACCCGUAAACAGUACAGUUGUCAUUUUAUAUAUGUUCUCAUCAUUAUUUUACAGUGUUAUGAAAGCUGUUUGGGAAGUAUUUGGAAGUGAUUAACCAUACUUAAAAUUGUGUCUUAAUUACAUGAUCAUGCCUGCUUACCAUUUUUCAGAAUUGGUCAACACAAUACAUCAAUCCAAAACAUUCCAAUGAUGUUUUACUUUGACACUUAGAUUAGUAAGGAUGUUUGAACGAGGGUCACUUUUUAACUGAAGGUACAACUUGAACAUUAAGCAUGUUUUGACUGGUACUAUCUAUGGAGAGGAACAUAAACACCUUUGAAAAAUAUUUUGGAAAUUGACACUUUGAUUAGAUCAUGUCUUUUAGGCUAGGUUACACAACACAAAUACAAAUUGCAAAUAUGUUUCAUUGUGCAGGAAGACAUCCACCAGCUAUUGUCAAUUUUCAGACAUUGCCUUUUGUUAUACCGUGGUAAUGAUAGAAAGGGAUCGUAAAAUUUAUUGUUUUCUUGGGCUCUGAACAACUUUUUUCAGUGAAUAUUUAUAUAGACUGAAACUUUUUUUUAUUAUUUUGGGCAAGGGGAGUUUAUUUAAUAUUAUCAACUGGUAAGUUGAUUAUUUCUUAAUAUCAAUGGUCAAGGGAGAUAACUGUGUAAAUGCUACAAUUCUGGCUAAACAGUUCCAAGUAAUUUAUUCCAUUGUGUAUUAGUUUCAUGGCUGAAGUGUGAGCACCAGUUAUAUUUCAUGUUUGUUUAAAUGGGUUUUGUAUGGUAGAUGUUGAUCUGUAUAUGUUUACCUCCUUGUUUCUGCUACUCAUGACAGUUUAGUUUGCUGAAUGUUCAUUGUACACCGUGUAUAUUUGAAAUGUAAAUACAUGUAUGUUCAAUUUGUCCAUCUUGUAUGUUUGAAAACAUAUGAAAGGUUUCAAUGUUAUAUUUCAUAUUGAAAUUGUUAUAAAUUGGUGCAAUAUCAUCAACUUAUUUCAUUUAGAAUAGAAAUACAAGAAAGCAUUUGUUCACCCAUGGAAAAAACAAUCAUUUACGUUAUGUUUAUAAAUAUAUGCAAAAUUUCAUUAGACGAAAUUUUUUGUGUAAUUUUCCUUGUUUAUUCCUUUUAAGGAAAUUGUUAAAUUAGGACUAUAUAAAAAUAUGGCAUAUUGAUUUGAUUUUGGAGCAUCAGGAUGAGGAAAUGAAGUAUUUAUGUUCAGUAUUAAUCCUUUCUUGCAUGUUCAUGGGUGAACAUUUGUGUGGACUUCUACAGCAAGACAGUGUAUAAAAGUCUUAUGUUCAGUAGUUGAAGUUGAACUUCAACAGGUUGUGAAACAUGGAAGAUGUUGAAUGCUCUUCCCUUCAAGAUGAAUGAACAUAGGUUUCAAAAAAAUACUCCGAAUUGAAGACAGAGAAACUUAGUCAGUCCUGAGCGAGUUAAUCCAGAAACCAGAUUACUACAAGGAAUGUCUCGUCAUGAUCAGAGUGAUACUUAUACACAUUUGCUCAUGAAACAAUUUCACUCAAUAUCAUACAAUCUGAACUAAGAAGGUUUCACUGUUCAGGUAUUUUUGCACAUAUUUGAUAUCGUAUUACUGGUAUGUCUCCGACAACUUACAAUGUACCAUGCUUGUAUGUAUAUACUGUACAUGAUCCUCGUUAUAGUCCCUCACUGUCUUGUACAGUUGUGUACAUAGCUGUGCAUGUGUAGUGUUAAUGCUUCACCAAUGUACAUAGUAAACAAAGUGUUCAAAAUAGGAGUCACCUGCCACUUCACAGGCAGUAACUUGUUCUGACAAUGUACCCCGAAUAUUUACCCUUUUAGCAAUAUGAAUAGGAAUAUUUGCUAUCAGUAAUAGUAAUAUAUGUCAUGACCUUCUGCACUGUAUCAAUAUCAUGGACAAGGUCAAUAAGUUAGUUCCAGUUUUUUAAAUAUGGGCAUACCUUGUAAACGAUGCCCAUUGGCUUCAUAGUUAAACAUGAUAAAUGUAUUUUGAGGGUAGGUGUCAGUGUUGAACACCUUUUGUAUAAUUGACAGCUUCAUUGAUUAUAGCAUCCAUGCCUGCUGGAAAGGGGCAUCCUCAGACUGUCCAUUCAUGCUGUACUAUCCCUGAUAGUGAUGUGAUGUGGAUGGUUGUACAUGGUACUGCGGACCAGUGAUAACACAUCUGAAUCACAAGUGGCAUGUUGAUGUUGAACACUAAAUCUAAGUGAUGAUUGGUCUCGGAUAAAUAUUGAACGGAAGUUUAUUUGCACAGUUUUAACCAGUUAUGCAGUAUUUAAUAGCUUUACACUAUUUGACAUUAAUUUUCAAAGCUUUUAUUUUCAACUCUGUAGAAGAAGUAAAAAAUACUGAAACAUUAUUUUGUGAAGUUUAGUCCAAUAUAUAUUAUAUAUAUAUAUAUAGCCAAUAUAUUUUCUUAUCUUUAUUCAAUGAUUCAAUAAAAUUCAAUGUGAUGUA